GUUUUGGAGCCCAUCAGAACUGGCUCAGUGUGACAUGGGGAAGCCCUCAUUCUCUGCACAGAGGCCAUCCCUGCAGUGCCCACUACCAAAACCCUGCAGUGUAAAACCAAUGCAAUUUCCCACCAAAGAUGACAGCUAAGAUAAAAUAUGAAGAAGCCCUGGAGCCCUGACUUACCAGCUGAUAACCACUUGUAUAAUUCAGAUUUCACAUCCAUCCCAGGCAGAGAAAGUGAGAAAGAAUUAGCACCUGAUGGCACUGAAGAAAAGAAGGAGAGAGAAAAGAAACAGACCAAUUUCACUUUGUGCAGUGUUUGUAACAUUCAGCUGAACUCUGCUGCUCAGGCACAAAUCCACUACAAUGGCAAAUCCCAUCAGAAGAGGUUAAAACAGCUCAGCAAUGGAAAUCUCAAAAGUGAUAAUGGUGGUACAUGCCAGAGCCCUGCUCUUCCAGCCUUAGUGCGUCCUCCUGCUCCACCCUUGCAGCCGUCGCUGGAUAUUAAACCAUUUCUUCCGUUUCCUCUGGAUACUGCAGCAGCAGUCAAUCUGUUCCCCAACUUCAAUGCAAUGGACCCAAUUCAAAAAGCUGUAAUAAAUCAUACAUUUGGGGUUCCUCUUCCUCAUCGAAGAAAGCAAAUCAUAUCAUGCAACAUUUGCCAGCUGAGAUUUAAUUCUGAUAGCCAGGCUGCGGCCCACUACAAAGGCACUAAACAUGCCAAGAAGCUCAAAGCACUGGAAGCCAUGAAAAAUAAGCAGAAAUCUGUUACUACCAAGGACAGCGCAAAGACUACCUUCACUUCCAUCACUACCAAUACCAUCAAUACCAGCUCUGACAAAACAGGCUUUGGAGAAAAACUAUUGCCUGUUAAAGACGUUACCACAGGGACACCAGCAAUAUCAACGACGACAACCGUGGAAAUCCGGAAGAGCAGUGUUAUGACAACUGAGAUCACCUCUAAAGUGGAGAAAAUCCCCACAACAGCCACUAGCAGCACCACAUGUCCUUCCGUUGAGACUGAGGAAGAAAAAGCAAAAAGACUGCUGUACUGUUCACUAUGCAAAGUCGCUGUCAACUCUGCCUCGCAGCUGGAGGCGCACAACAGUGGGACUAAGCACAAAACUAUGCUGGAAGCUCGGAAUGGAAGUGGAACCAUAAAAGCCUUUCCCCGGGCAGGCGUAAAAGGCAAAGGACCUGUGAAUAAAGGAAACACAGGCCUUCAGAACAAAACAUUUCACUGUGAAAUAUGUGAUGUGCACGUAAACUCUGAGACACAACUGAAACAGCACAUAAGCAGUAGAAGGCACAAAGACAGAGCUGCUGGGAAGCCGCCUAAACCUAAAUACAGCCCAUACAACAAACUCCAGAAGGGAACGCAUCCUCUAGGGGUAAAAUUAGUAUUUUCAAAGGAACCUUCAAAGCCGAUAGCUCCACGAAUCUUACCAAAUCCGCUAGCAGCUGCAGCAGCAGCUGCUGCUGUGGCUGUGAAUUCCCCCUUCAGUCUUCGAACAGCCCCAGCAGCUACCCUUUUCCAGACUUCAGCACUUCCUCCAGCACUCCUACGACCAGCUCCAGGGCCUAUACGGACCACCCAUACUCCCGUGCUGUUUGCUCCUUACUGAACUCCAAACAGGAAUUAACUGCAAUAAUUUUUCAAAUCAAAACAGACAAAAACGAAAAUCAAGAACAUUGAACUAUGCAGUGUUUAUUUAUAGUUUAAAGUAUAUAUGAAGAGCCAGGACUUUUGAUAGAGAACUGAACAAAUUCUAAAAGGGGGAAUGGGCAGUAUUUUCUCCAGAUGAGAGCAUUCCUCUUUUGAGCAUUGAUCGUUUUAGAAAUGAUCUCCAGCAUUGACUUGUAGUGACAUAUAAAACUUAUGAAGCCUUUUGACUGUGCUUUUUGGCACAUAUUUCCCUGCAAUGUCUUUCCUGCUUUAUGAAACAACUUACAAAUUUGUCUAAAGGGCAUUAACUGGUUCCAAUGUACAUAAAAUACUUUAUUCUGUAGAUUAAAGAAGAAGGAAAAAAAAAAAAGAAACACUGUGAAUAGUAGUACCCUUACCAAUCCUCCUGCCAAAUCAGCAGUUACUGGGUAUUUAUCUGAAAAAAGUAGAUACAAUAGAUGUCUUGUAAAACAGUAGUAUUGUGUCUCUAUCUAUGCCACUAGGUUUCUAACUGAGUUGCAAAAGAUAAAAUGAACAAAUUAUGUCACUUGGUAAGUAGUCAAAAAUUAUGACAAUAAUGUGGAGCUGUUCCUGGUGAGCAAAAUUGUUUUCCUCACCCAUGGAAGAAUGGGCAUGAAGGUUAUCUAUGGUUAAGAUAAGGUAAAAGAUAAAGAACAUUUAGUGAAAAAAAAAAAAAAAAAUCCAAAUGCUGUACACAGAAUAGGUCAAACUUUUAUUUAACUAAAAGUGAAUGUGUACAGUGUGCAUAGAUUCAAAAUGUGUAAGACAGGAUUGAUCAAUGUUUAAGGAAUGCCAAUGGACAGAAAAAAAUGCACUCUAGUUAUGAAACAGGCCUGACACUUUAGUGUUGAGCAGAGGGAAGACACAAAUGGGUUAUGCAUAGUCAUAACUAAGAAAUGAAAACCAAGAGAGAAAUCCUGGCCUCAUUUAAGUCAGUAUAAAGUUCCUCCUGACUGCAGUGUAGCCAGAAUUUCAUCCCCAAAAUGGCACAUAUUCUUUUUAUAUCAUACCAGUGGGAGUGUCUGUAGAUACAGGUAACAUUUUUUGCAAUAGGCUUAGUUUUAGAAACUGAUUUAUUCUCUUGUUUUAUUUCCUACUGAUGUGAUAUAAAAUGUUUUAAUAUACCUAUAAAAUGUAAACAGCAACAUGAGAUACAUAUUAUGAGAUAACUGCACAUUGUGGGUUUGGAACAAAUACAACCUUUAGGAUCUGAAGGGACCCUUGAAUUCUGUAGCUGACCUUUAUGUAUGGGCAGCUUAAAGCCUUAUAUAUUUACUGUGAGGCUUAAAGGGGUUGACUGUGUCCCUUUAAAAUAAGAUUUAUCAGGGGUAUAUAUAGAUAUAUUGUAUAUAUGUUAGAGUAAGAAAAAUAACUUAUAAACAGAAAAUCUACUAUAUAAAAUAAUUAUAUAACCAUUGAGUUUCACAUGUGGGUCAUUAAGUGGUAAGUAACAAACAGCAGAGAAAAAAAUAGACGUCUUGAAUCCGAUUCUUGCUGCCUGCUUUUUCCCAUAGGGAGCUGAAAAGUAUCUAUUAAUAUUAUGGAGUGCGCUGCUGAGUCACAUGCGACCACUCUGAUGUGUAGCUAAGUGAAAUGCCUACCAUACAUUUAGGAGGAAUAAAAAUUAAAAACAUAAUUUAAGUUUUGAUGGGGAAAUGAUUUAAAAUAUUUUAUUAAAAGGGUGUAAUGCAAAAUAUUGACCAUGUGGUUGCUAUAUAAUACUGCCUGUGGUUAAUAUGGACAGGUGGAAGAUAUAGAGGAUGGGAAUAUACAGCACUUUUGACUUGCAGUUCAUCAGUGAGCCUUCCACAUACAUUGGUAUUUGCCAUUUUUUAAACCUCUCUGCAUAUAGAUUUUAUAAAUAUAUAUAUAUAUAAAGAGAGAAAGAAGAGGUUCCAUGGAUGUCUGUGUCCAAAGAAUUCCAAAGAGAUGCAUUUAUUUAUCUAGAAGUAUUAAAAUAAGUUCUAUAUUAUGUAUAUGUAUUUCAUCCAGUUUAUUUGCCAACGUUUGUGCCUUGAAAUGAAAUGGGCUUUUGGUUAUAUUUAAUUCACUCCAAUGUAGCCAUGAAUUAGAAGUGAUAGUGAUUUCAGGGCUGGUUACUAGCUGGAUUGCUUUGCUCGAGUUUCCAGAAAGAGAAGAGUACGUGUAAAUUCUUGAAGUUUAGACAACUGUAUAACUAGGGGCUGACAUUUAAAAGGGCUCCCUACUCUACAGCUCCCAGUAAAGAGGCAGUAAUCACAUCAGCUUUCAAAACCUGUGUCUACCACUCAGAAGUUAGAAAAUGUUUCCAAUUAUUUGGGUACUUAAACAUAGUGUAGUAAGGUUAAACUUGUCUUUGCAAAAUCUUGGCCUUGGUCUUUUAAGUCUAUUUGCAGCCUUCCUUCUUUUUGCAGAAGUUGUAGUGCCAUUGCCAGCUGCGUGCAGAUUCCUUCUCAAAUAGGCCACUGGUUUUCCAGCUGUGCUCCAUGAACCACCAUUUAUCUCCAGAGCCUUUUAUAAUAGGUGUGUAAUUAACAUUUGCUAAACAAAUAGAGGAGGGAUGGCAUUCUGGGGAGGGAGGAGGCCUGGGCAGACAGUAUUUUCCCCAUGAAAUAAUAAUGCAGACUAGAGGAGACUCACAAUAUCCUGUAGGCUCUUACACAUGGCCUUCUGAUGCGUGGGCACAUGCUGUACAUCCUGCCAUGUUGUCAUGAUGCCAUCAAAAUCAAAAGGCAGCUUCUUGAGAGAAUAUGGCCUGUGGCAUGCAUGGAGGCACAGUACUAAGCACAGAGUUAAUACAAGUUUUGCCAGAAAUAAAAAGAGUGUCAUUCCAAUGACUUACAUCAGCUAAUUCACAAUGACACCUUCAGUUUUCUUGGACCUCUUUUGUCACAGUGCUCUAUGGAACACGUUUUUGUUCACACAAGUCUCUUUUAAAUUUCAGCUGUAAACAAACUCAAUUCUUUUUAUGUCUCUUACUCACUACCUAAUAAAGGAUAAAGCCUAAAUGUUAGAAUGUAUAGUGCAUUUUCUGUGCCUUGCUGUUCCACUCCCAUUUGGUCAGUAACAAAUCAAUGCACCGGGGACGUUAGCACAACAGUUUUAUAUUAUAUAUAUAUAUGUCAAGGAAAAUACUGGCACAGCAAUCUGAUUGGGCAUGGGGAGCUUCCAGUCAAGGGUAUAUCCACAACACCUGAAAAAAGAGCUGGCAAAUGGAAGACACUUUACACUUACCUGUCAAUACAUCCAAUAUGGAGAGCACUAUAAAAAAUAAUAGUAAUAAUAAAAUGUGUCAUCAUAUUCACAUUCCAGGGCCAGGAGGAAGACUAAAGCACAAGGAAACAGAUAAUUUCAUUGAAGACACAGUCAUUCACUGGAACAACAGUGUGAAAUCAGCCUGCAGGGAAAUGGCUGGGUAUGAUCUCAGAAAAACAACUAGGUUCAGGGAUAUUUUCUUAAAUUCUGCGCUAAGUGUUAAAGAAUGACUCUUCUGUUCUGACCCAAAGAGAUGGUACUUUUGUGGGAGGGAUAUGUAUUUAUAUAUUUAUGCUAUCUGCAUUUUUCCAACUAUCACUGGCUUUAAACCUUUGUUCUGAAGGUUCAUCAUUGCUCUGAACCAUGAAAUCAGUUACCUUCAUGCAAGCUGCUGUAAAAGCUGAUGUGAGAGGUCAGUAAGCAAAUGGUAUAAAUAUGAUGAUCUAAAAUGAACUGGAAGAAAAAAAAAUGAACUGGCCAUGUCAAGGAAUACUGUAUUUGAGAAAUACACAUCUUUAUUUUAAAAUAAAAAUAUAUAUAUAAUUAAAAAUAGCUAAAUAAAGUUAAUAUAACUAGAAAAA